UGACUAGGAUCUUAAUGGCAUUGGCCAGUCGCGAAAGGACAUUGGACCGGGACCGGACCGCAUUUUACUACUACUACUAUGAACUCGUUUCUGUCGCGGAAUCAUAGAAGACUGGGAUUGCUUCCCCCGGGUCCCUCCGGUUUCUGUCGGGAUAUCGCGGUUGGCAGAAAAGGGGCCUGUCAGGAAGCGAACAUGCGAGCUUUUGACGCAUACAGCUUACGGGACUACCCGCAAGGCCGGCUGUUGCGAAUGGAAUAAAGUGAUGGCCAGCUCCAUGUCUAUCUCACAUAUCUUUUAAUCUUCAUCAUGCUUGUGUAUGCGAUAGUUGUGGUCCUGGUCUUGUCUAUUCGCAUUCUCUACAACUACACCCGCUUAUGGCAGAUCCCAGGUCCAGUUUAUGCUUGUAUUUCGGACCUCUGGCGAGAGUAUUCUCGAAAAUCGCCCAAUUAUAGCCGUCGUCUGCUUAAAUUGCAUCAGAGGCACGGCCAGGUGGUUCGCACAGGGCCGAAUGUGGUCAGUAUCUCUGAGCCCGAGGCCAUUGCGCGGAUUUAUGGUAGCAGAGACCAAGGGAAGUCUAUUUGUGAUGAUUUUCUGAUCAUGGAACGAGAACAAACCGUAUCCUGCAUUUGUAUAUCGAAUGAAUUGCGGCGUGGCUCUAUAAGUGACCUUCUUUGUCGAAAUAUGAACUUUUUGCAUCAUGAGGGCAUUAUCGAUCAAUCUGCGAGUGGCCUAAUCUCAGCUUUACAGAGAUAUCGAAUUCUCGAGGUAGCAGGGCCUCUUCGAGUCUUCGCGUCGGAAUUUGUGCACAUGGUAUUGGCGAAGACGACUUGGAGGAGUGAGAAAGGCGUUGCUGAAACAGGACCUCAGCCAUCGACGGUAGAAUAUCUGACGCUCUGGAGUCCUAUAAUGAGGUUAAAACGAGAACGCCAGGAGCUCUUAUGUGUGUCCACUCAGAAGUAUUCCUGGACACCCCCCAGCACUGAUAUUGAAGGACGGAAUCAAGAAGUGUACGAGAUAUCCAAGGACUACUUAUCGGUUGUGAUGGCUGGGAUAAAUGCGAUUUCAACAGCAUUUGUUUCGACCUUCUCCUUGCUGUUGCGACACCCGGAGACCAUGACUCGAUUGAGUGAAGAGAUAGACGCGGCCUUAUAUAAUGAGCGCCUAUCACAUAUUCCUCAGUGGGAAGAAGUGAGCAGACUACGCUACCUGGAUGCCGUUUUCAAAGAGUCGAUACGCUGCCAGGCUACGACAUCUAGCAUUGAAGUCUCAGUGCCUGGAAGCGGAAGAACCAUUGCUGGAAAUUAUCUUCCAACUGGAACAGUGAUCGAAUGGCAGCCUGACUAUUUCAAGAUUGAUCAAGACGUUUACGGGGAGGGUGUGGAAGAAUUUCGACCGAAACGCUGGCUCGUUGCAGAUCAACAGAAACGAAAGCGCAUGGAGCAAGGUCUCCUGGCAUUUUAUACCAGCAGACGAACUUGCGCAGCAGCCCAAGUGGCAUUCCUUGAAUUGAAAAAGGUCAUUGUUAUGAUUCUUCUACAAUUUAACAUGCAGCUCCUUGUGUCAGAUGGACAUUCUUCGGAGGAACUGAGUCAAGACGCUGGAUUUCUACCUCGUUUGGUAGUUAGUCUCGCGCAAAGAGUGCAUUAAGUCGGCGGAACCAGCAGUGGUCCAUGUGAAAACGCCACACGCAACAGCCACUCGAAAAAGCCAAAACCUCGGGGCUGUCUGUGAAAACCAUUACCACGAAGCAUACUGAAGUAUACUUUGAACGAUCGUUUUAAGCGUCGCAACUACUGGUUCAGA